CUCAUAAUGCGAAGCUAGUCACUAUGCUGAGUAGCCUUACUGACACAUGGCCUUGCUGCAACAAGUUUGAUUUAAUGUGGGAAGGGAGUGGUAGGGUGGUGGGAGAGACAGUGUGUGUGUGUGUGUGUGUGUGUGUUGAUUAGAGUGUGUCUCAUUUUGUAGCUUCAGUCUCCAUGCUAUGAUGAGUUACUGAUGAAUUCAGCCCCAGAGCUGGACCCUGUGCAUGGUGGGGUGGAGAAAGGUGGAGAGCUGAAUCCAAAGAUACCUGGCCCAGGGCUGAAAAAGCUGCCUGGAGAACCCACCCGGAGGAGCCUGGCCAUUCUGCCUCUCGUGGCCACUGUGCUGACUGCCCGCUUCUCCAGACCCCUGUCACAGCUCCCGAGGAAAACCCUGAAUUUCUCUGAUAGAGUAAAUGGAGCAAGAGGCUCGCUGCUGUUCCACUCUGCCUCCUUUGUCCCUGUUGACCGUCGGACUGACGCUGCUUCGGUGAACCCAGUUGCCAGCAAAGCUGUCUUGGUCACAGGCUGUGACUCUGGAUUUGGGUUCUCCUUGGCCAAGUAUCUGCAUUCAAAAGGCUUCCUUGUAUUUGCUGGCUACUUGAUGAAGGCUCCGGACACGCAGGCUCAGUGGUCAUGGCUCACGGGCCUAACCACUCUGCGGCAUGUGGGAUCUUCCCGGACCGGGGCACGAACCUGUGUCCCCUGCAUCGGCAGGCGGAUUCUCAACCAUUGCGCCACCAGGGAAGCCCAUCAUUGUCCUUUUAUACAUAGUCAUUGUUUGGGCCUGGUUAACAAUGCGGGCAUCUCAGCGUUUGGGGAUGUGGAGUUCACCAGCACGGAGACCUACAAGGAGGUGGUGGAAGUAAAGCUCUGGGGCACAGUGCGGGGGACAAAACCCUGUCUCCCCCUCAUUUAGAGGGCCACAGCUGAUUUGCUGUCUUGCUCCGCAGGCUGCGUGGUCAACACCAGCGGCAUGCUGGGCCGCAUGGCCCACGCGGCCGGCGCCCCGUACUGCAUCACCAGGUUUGGGGUGGCUUUCUCCGACUGCCUGCGCCACGAGGUGCACCCACUGGGAGUGAAGGUCGGCGUGGUGGAACCCGGGAACUUCAUCGCCACCACCAGCCUCCACGGCGCUGAGCGCAUCCAUGCCAUCGCCAGUAAAAUGUGGGACGAGCUGCCUGAGGGGGUGCGCAAGGACUACGGCAGGAAGUACUUUGACGAGAGGGUCGCGAAGAUGGAGACCUACUGCAACAGCGGCUCCACGGACACGUCCCCCAUCAUCAGCGCUGUCACCCACACCCUGACCUCCGCUACCCCCUGCACUCGCUACCACCCCACGGACUACUGCUGUUGGGUGCGAAUGCGGAUCACGACCCACUUGCCCGGAGCGAUCUCCGACAGGAUCUACAUACACUGAGGAGUUUAGCACUGGCCUCUGUUGUGCAGCCCUCGGGGGAGGGAAGAGGACGGAGGGAGGGAGGGGGAGGGGCUUGUGUCAUGACCUCUUGAUUACCCACUUGUGGAUUAUCCCAGUCCCAGGGGGACCCACUACCAGUCUGAGCGUUAACCAGAGCAGGCAGCCCAGCUCAACUCGUGUGCCCAGUGAAUGGCUCGGGCCUUCUCAACUGGGGUGCAGAGUGGUGGGCAGGGCCCACAAACCUCAGGGCAAACAUGGUGAAUCUGUCUUUCUGGAAUUGAUUUUAUACAACGAUUUUAGGUAGACAUCUUUAUAUUAAAAACAGAUUUAUUAUAAAAUAGAAUCCAAAUCCUUUAUAUUUUAAAGCCAAAGCAUCAGUUCAAAAAAUUUAUCUCAGGACUCCCCUGGCGGUCCAGUGGUUAAGACUUCGCCUUCAGGGGGUGCAGGUUCAAUCCCUGGUCAGCUAAGAUCCCACAUGCAUCGGGGCCAAAAAACCAAAACAUGAAGCAGAAGCAAUAUUGUAAUAAAUUUAGUAAAGACUUUAAAGAAAUGGUCCACAUCAAAAAAAUUUAUCUCAUUUGAUCCUUAAACCAGCCUCAUGAGUAAAAAGGGCAGCUUUUUCUUCUUUUGUACAUGAAGAAUUUUUGGCUCAAAGAGGAUACAUGAAUUACCCUUUUAUUGCUUAUAAAUCAAUUUUGCUUAUAUUGCUUUAUAUAAAAUAUAAAGGUCCAAGUCGUGUGUUCCUGCCAUUGCUGUAGAAACCUUUCACAUUUUAUGUUCCAGGGCUGCUCUGGAUCCAGUUAUCUGAGGAUCCUGUGAUGAGCUCUAUACCCUCACCUGGGCCAUAUAUACCAUGUGCCCACCAUGCACCUCUUUGCAUGUCCUUGGUGCUGCUGUGUGCAGCCUGCAGCCAGUGAUUCAGAGCUGAGUGUGGGGGGGGGGGUGGCAACAUUCUGGAGAUUUCCAUUUGAGGUUUCUCCAGCUUAUCUUAGGACAAACUUGUGUGGAGGUGCUCAUUGGCUAAGAGGUAAUUUGUUUCUGGUUUGGGUCUGCUUGGUCUUGCCUGGGGUGGGACCCCUGUUGAUGGGACAUUCUUGGCAGGAGCCGUGAUACAUAGGACGGGCACUGUAGCCUCCCCUCCCCCAGGGGUGGGUCCAGGUUCCCUGUCUGUCUCACCUGGUGCUUAUACACACACACACCUGUUCUGUGGUGCUCAGGGUGGCCUUCAUUGAUGGCUCACCUUCCUUCUAUGGACUUAUUUUUAAUUAAACCAGGUCACUGAUCA